AUGGCCAAGAAGGUCGAAGUCGCCGUGUCAUUCAGCAUCGACAUCAUCAUUAUGUGUACCCGUGCCGUGCUUGUACUUCUCCUCGAAAAUGCCAAAUCUUCGGCGGGUGGCCACCGUCUCGGCGUCAACGGGCUCGCCGUCGACAGCUACAACGACAUCCUUUAUUCCGCCGGACGAGAUGGCAUCGUUUGCGCUUGGGACUUGAACCUCGACCGAUCCCGUGCCGCCGACGUGUCCGACAACGCCUCGGCCAAGCCGCAGCAGCCCACGACCAGGUUCCGCAGCCAGUGCCAAGCACACGUCCAUUGGAUCAACGACAUCAUUCUCGUCCAGGACAAUACCGCCCUGGUCUCGGCGUCCUCGGACCUUGCCGUUAAACUGUGGCGCCCCCAUUCCGAGGAAGACGGCGGACGUGCCCUGACGAUCGGCGAGCACGCCGACUAUGUCAAAUGCGUCGCCGCUCCUCCGGCCGACAUGAGGGCCACCUGGGUCGCCUCAGCCGGCCUCGAUCGCAAGAUUUGUCUCUGGGACCUCAACGGCGCCGGCAAGACGCUCGAGGUCGACGUCAGAGGCGACGUCAUCGUCGAGAAAGGCUCCGUCUACGCCCUCGCCGUCGGCCGCAACCUGAUCGCCAGCGGUGGGCCCGAGAAGAUUGUUCGCCUCUCCGACCCUCGGACCGGCUCCAAGGUUUCCAAGCUCGUCGGUCACCUGGGCAACAUUCGCUCCAUAUUGAUCGAUGACGCUGGGGAUAUCAUCCUAAGUGCGGGCGCCGACAAGACGAUCAAGAUGUGGAGCGUCAGGGGCGGCCGUUGCAUGUACACUUUCACCAUGCACGAUGAGAGCGUUUGGUCCCUGCACUCGGAUGACCCUCGCCUCGGCAUCUUUUACAGUAGCGACCGCUCCGGCCUCGUUGCCAAGACGGACAUUCGCGGUGGCUUGGAGGACGUCGACAACGGCCUCAGCCUCGCCCUCGCUCAGGAGCAUUUCGGCGUCUUCAAGGUUGUCGCCGCCCGUGGCCAUGUCUGGACGGCCACCAGCCAGUCGUCCAUCAACCGCUGGGCAGAUGUCGAUACCAGCGCCGACGGCAUAAGACUCCCAGAAUCCUUCCGGCAUCAACGAGCAGCCUCGGCCACGUCCAACAGGACUCGCCAGACAUCACGAUCCCAACAUGGGGGGUACUCGAAGGGGAAGGAGGUAUCGCCAGAAUCUAUUCUUCGACUAUCGAAUACGGCCGUCUUUCCGUUGCGGACGGCCAUGGAGCCGGAGUCGAGCCCGCUGAAUGAGUUCCCGACGAGGAGAGGGUCGCACGCGAUCAUCGAGCCACCAGACCCCGACGUCAAGCCAAUUCACGAGCUACCACAAGAGACGAUAGAGGGCCAGUUUGGCCUGCUCAAGCACAAGAUGCUCAAUGAUAGGAGGAGAGUCUUGACUUUGGACACGGCCGGCGAUGUCCUGAUGUGGGAUCUCAUCAAGUGCAAACCCAUUCAAAGCUUUGGCAAGCAGCAUCUGGAAGAUGUCGAAAAGCAGGUCAACACCCGCGAAGCCGUGGCGCCCUGGUGCUCGGUCGACCUCAGCUCCGGCAACCUGACGGUCAUCUUGGAGUCCUUCAACUGCUUCGAUGCCGAGGUCUACGCCGACGAACUUCGGUUGGACGAGCCCAUUGAUUUCAGAGAAGACCAGAGAAUCAACCUCGGUCGGUGGAUUCUUCGGUACCUGUUCGCAAACUUGAUCGACGAGGAAAUCAGACGCGACGCAUCAUAUCGAAAAUCGCUGGACGCCGAUACCGAGCGGCGGCAGGCGGCGAACCGGACAAAUACCCCGACGUCGAUCGAUCUGUCGCUGCCCAGAUUGUCGGAUUGGCAGGACUCGGACCAGGUCACGACACCUCGAGCCAAUGGCUUGCAUCUCGCCGUCCCUGCGCCAGGCCUUGGCAUCGGCCUGGCCACUCCAGCGCCGGCGAGGAAUCUCUCGGGCGUCCCGGAGAAUGCCGUCUCCCAGCCACUAGAGUUGAGCACUUCGGGGAGCAAGGACGAUUACUUUGCCGGCGACAAGGCAGCCAAAAUGCCGGCGACGGAGCCGUCGGAGCCGUUGGCUUCGACGGACAAUGGCGACGACAAGGGGAAGGAAAAGGACAAGGACAAGGCCGGCGACAGUGGCAAGUCACCAGGGACGGCGUUUGGUAGAAAGUUUCGAAUGUCCUUUGGCUCCAAGAAACUAGGCCGUUCGUCCUCGCAGGCGGCGCAGGACAAGCCGGUGAUUGUGGAAGACAAGGCUGUCGAGUCCGAGUCGUCAUCGACGCACGAGAAGGAAGUCGACGACAGUUUCCUCGGCGUCGUGCAGAAAAUACGCAACGAGUACGACAGGCAGCUGGUCGAGGUGACGGAGACGGAUUUGAUGUCGGGGGUGACGCCCAGUCUACCUGCCGAGACGCCUGUGCUGAAGCUUCCUCGAGGAACGAAAAUCAUGAUCCAGGAGGAGACGUCGGGGGGCAACGCCAACCUCUACCAGGGCACGGUGGAAAAUGUGGGCAAGGAUGCCGACGCGAUUGAGCGAAAGGCGCCCAUGUGGUUGGGAGAGGUGCUCCUGCAGAACCACAUACCACACAAGGACCUGGUGAAGAUUUCGUUUGUGCUGUAUCCGAUGGGUGAUCUUCCGCCCGUCUCGCCAUCGGAUAGCAACAACAGGCUCAACGCGAACAGAAUGCUCCGUGUCAAGAAGGUGCUGUCCUACAUCGUCGAGAGGAUCGAGGACCUAUCCGAGGAGCCGAAACCUGCCAAGCUAGCGCCCGAGGAGUAUCUCGAGCUGUACUGCAAUGAACAGCUGUUGCCACCAUCGAUGAGUCUUGCUACGGUCCGAACGCAUGUCUGGAAGGGUGGUAACGACAUCGUCCUACAUUACAAGGCGAACGGUCGCAAGGUCAUCAAGCCUCUGGCGCAACCGCUGCGCUCCCCCGAAGCGCAGCAGGCCGAAGGCGACGUCGGAGCCGGCGCAGGAGCAACAGCUGGCGAGGCACACAACACUUCAGCAGCAUCGUGA